GAAGAAUACUGCUUGUUAAAAAUAUUUUCAUCAGGCUACUCUGGCAAAACUGAAACUCAUAAAGUUUUGGGAAUAUACUGCAUGAUAAAUACAGGAACUUGAAUGGAUUUAGAGGUUAAAGGAGUUGCUGCCACUUCUAGGAGCCAAAUUCAGCCAUCCUUUGGAAGAAAGAAGCCACUACAGCAAAGGUGGACUUCUGAAUCAUGGACAAACCAGAAUUCUUGCCCACCAGUGGUCCCACGACUUGAUUUGGGAAGCCUUGUUGACUCUGAUGAUGAGGACAAUUUUUCAUAUAUUCCACUUAGUACAGCAAACCCGCCAAAUUCAUCUUCUACUCUUGGUUGGGUCACACCAUGUCAAACUCCAUAUACUCAGCAUCAUCUAAAUAAAAUGGAUCAGAACAUGAUACCUGAAAAUUUGCCAACACCAACAGACAAAUAUAAACUAAAAUAUCAGCAAUAUAAAAUGGAAAUGAAAGAGGGCUAUAAGCAGUAUAGUCAGAUAGAUGCAGAAAAUACAAAAUCAAAUGUUACACAUCAACAGUCUCCAAGAAACAAGAUAGAUGAAAAGUGUGUGCAACAUAAAGAAGCCAACACAGAUGACCUUACAGCUCUGGAUAGGAAAGCCCUCUUACAGCAAGGUUAUGCAGACAACCUUUGCGAUAAACAACAGAGGGCAAGAAAACUGGAUGCAGAAAUUGUGGCUGCAGAGAAGAAGAAACAGAUUGUUGCAGAGCAAGUCAUGAUAGAUCACUUAUCUAGGGCUGUAAUCAGUGAUCCAGAACAAAAUUUAGCCAUUGAGCGAAGAGAAAGUGAUCAUAUCCUUCCAGAUUCAAAGAUGACACCUCUUCGAUUUAGAAAAAGAACACUACAUGAAACAAAGAUAAGAACUCAUUCUACAUUAACUGAAAAUGUGCUUUCUCAUAAAUUACAAUUUGAUGGUAGGAUCAUAUCACGUAAUGGACGUGAUGCUUGCAGAGAGCUGAUUGGGUUCUUUUUCACUCAUGACCAAUCCCUUACAAUUUAUGAAUAUCGACAAUUUGGGAAAAAUAGAACAAUUGUGCUUCCUUUUAUUCAAAAAAGCAUUUAUAGUCAUCAGUGUGGACGAAGAAAAGGAAAACAGUACCGACUUGGUGAUUUUUAUGUUGGUGCAACUUUGACAUUUUUGAGUUCUGAUGCCAGUCUUCCAGAAAACAUGAAAGAAAACACAUUUCUUAAACUCCGAAUCACAUAUAUUGAUCAAAUAGCUUUGGAUUCUCUCAAAACUGCUUCUAUGGAACAGGAGGAUGAUAUAAUCAUUCAAGAAACCAAUGAUAGGCUGGUCUUUAAGGCAAUUCAAGAUGUGCUAAAAGAAAAACUACAUAAAAGAGGUGUUCGUAUUUUGACUGGAUUGGGAAAAUACUUUCAACAGUUGGACAAGGAAGGAAAUGGACUUUUAGACAAGGCAGAUUUUAAGCAAGCUCUAAAAGUGUUUCACUUAGAAGUGUCUGAAAAGGAUUUUGAGUCUGCAUGGCUAAUUCUGGAUGACAAUGGCAAUGGCAAGGUUGAUUACGGAGAAUUCAAACGUGGUAUUAUUGGUGAAAUGAAUGAAUAUAGAAAAUCAUAUGUUAGAAAGGCCUUUAUGAAACUGGAUUUCAACAAAACUGGCAGCGUGCCUAUUAUAAACAUAAGAAAAUGUUACUGUGCAAAGAAGCAUUCUCAAGUGAUUUCAGGCCAUUCAACAGAGGAAGAAAUUAAAUCAUCCUUUCUAGAAACAUUAAAAGUUGCCUGCAGCAAGUCUGAUGAAGUUUCAUAUGGUGAAUUUGAAGAUUACUAUGAAGGUUUAAGUAUAGAAAUAAUAGAUGAUGAAGAUUUUGUUACCGUCUUGCGUACUCCAUGGGGGAUUUAGUCUUUAACAAUACAUAUGUCAUCAGCACUAAGCAUUUUAUUGGAGAGAUGAUUUCAAUGUAAAGGAUGAUCAAACACUGGAAUAUAUUUUCCUAGGACUUCCUUUAUUCUAUUUUUUUUGUUUGUUUGUUUUUCGUUGAGUAUGGAAAGAACUAUCCAGAAAGAUAGAUGUAGGGACAUGUGAGUGUUUGUGCAUGUGUAUGCCUGCUCACAUGUCCAUACAUUUGUAAAGGUGUCUUUUUGGUUUAUUAGUUAUCUUGCAUAUAUUUUAGAGGUCAUUUUUUUAUUAACUUCAAUAGGAAAGUUAUAUCUGCAUCAAACAAUAUGGCAGCAUGUAUUUAUUAACCAAGUUUCCUGUCCUUUCACAUUGUUUUUUAGCUAUCUCUUCCUCAGAAUAUAUUUGCCACCAUUGUCAAUUUGAUGAAUUAGAAUUGGGCCUAAAGCCAGUGAAAUAAUUCAAUGUGUUUUUAACAUAUGAAAAUAUUAAAGGAUAUGCAAGAGAAAUGUUUCAAGCAGUGUGAUUAUAGAUGUUUUCUGUAUAUAGAAUAUUUAGAAUGAUGGAGGUUUACCCCUAUGAUGCUCAUUUAAAUACUGACUUGUCUUGUAAAUCUUUGUCUUCUAAAUUAUGUACUGUUGUUGGUUAAAUAGAGCACAAUGUAGUUAUUCUAAUGACCAGUUGUAUUUGUUCUUUUAUUCUGCUUUUUAACAGCAUCCUUUUUACCAGCAUACAAUUGUUAUUUAGCUAGAAACAAUACAAUAUGAAAGGGAAAUGUUCUUUAUUAAGAUUAAUACAUUAUCUUAUUAAACAAAGAUCCUAAAAGUGUAUUGUUGCAAAUGUGAAUCUAAGGAAUAGUUCAGUAAUUAUUGCCUAAAAUGUGAAAGCAUAUUUUGUAUCCUAAAAUGAAUAUAUGAUAUUCUAAACAUCUCUUUUUGUAUAACAAACAAUUGAAACAUUUCCUUCUAAAUAUAUGUUAUUUAAUAGUUACAUGUAUUGUAGUCAUUCUUUCUAAAUUCUUUGCUAGUCAUUUCUUCCUGGGAUUACAGAGAAAAGAGACAACUUUAUGAGUUGUUUCCAACUUCAUAAUUUUAAAUUUUGUAUGUUAAUGUAACAAAUUAGAAAAAAUAAGUGAUUCAAAAAUGAAAAUAUUUACUUUGUAGAAUAUGACUUUAGACAUCACUGUAUCCAUCUAUACUUGGCAGCAACAUGAGAAGUGUGAUACAUGUGAACCCAACAAAUUCAAAGUUGCGCUUUUCAAGAUUUGAGAAAGUACUAAAACUUAGUACUAAGAUAUGAGAGGAAAAAUGUGUGUAAACCUCUUAGUGCUAUUUUCACUGGCUAAAUUCUUUAUUUCUUGACUUUUUAAAAAAUUUGGUUUUAAAAUUAAAGCAAUAUGCUAGAAGACAUUUUGGCAGAAAUAAGUCUAUAACACUAUUUUUGCCACAUAUCUUUUUCUUGGAAAAAUUUAUCCAACUAUAGAAAUCUUAAACCAUACAAAUUGUUCUUGUUAAAAAUGACUAAUACUGCAGGUGCUCAAUAUGCAUAUAGUGUGUUUUUCAUUGAUAAUUUUUAUUUAGUUCUUAAGAAACCUAUUCUUAAUGUUGGCAUGUCAUAUUUUUCUGUUUCUAUAAUCAGAAAAUGUGUAGUCUGUUAUACCGU